AUGAUGCGACGCAGCUUCACUCUGCUGAAUGGCAAUUGGAGGGAGCAAGGUAUUAGCUAUUUGAAGUACCUUAACGUUUGCACAGAGGCUCUUCACAGCGCCAUGAAAGAGAGCCGUCGGGUGAAGUAUGAGCGCUAUUCUUCACCUGGAUACGUGGCCCAGAAACCUGAUGGUGCGGGCGGCAUCGAGACAGUCAAUAAGGUUCCUGCGCACACAAAUGAAUACUAA